AUGACAUUUCGAUUUCCAUGUUCAUCAACAGUAGCUGCAAAAGAAAUCGUUACAAAACUUAUUAAUUCUGAUUAUGAAAUCGAAAUUGCCUUUUAUUUUGCUGGUUUCAAACAAAUAACAACAAAUUUUAUUUCAAUUACAAGUGGUCAACUUCAAAAUAUAUUAAGUAAAACAAUUGCUGAUGGUAAAAGUAACAAUGCUCAAUAUAUUCAUCGAAGACAAAGUUCAUCAUUUAUCGGAAAAUAUACGACAAAUGUUAAUAAAAUGAUCUAUUCCGAAAAUCCUAAUGCGAUUCUAUCGGCAAUUAUGGGAAAUUUAGAAGAUCAAUUUAUUUCAUUACUAGAACAAGGCAAUCGCUAA